AUGGGAUCAGCUGUCUCACGAAAGAAGGUCAAGACGACUGACGCAGCCGCAAACGACAAAAAUAAUCAGGUCAAGGCCGCUGCUGCAGAUGUUAAGAGGAAUGGAAAGGAAGAAAAGCAUCAGGUCGAGGAAAAAAAAAAGCAUGAAGAGUCUCAAGCGAAUGAUGGUAAGGACAAUGAAGCUCUACUCAAGGAACUUGAGGAGGCAUUCCAGAAGCUCCAUCAAGCUGAUGAGUGUCACUCCCUACUGAAGAAGUACCUGACGAAGGAGGUGUUUGACGAGCUCAAAGACAAGAAGACCUCAAUGGGAGCUACGCUGAUGGAUGUCAUUCAGUCCGGUGUGGCUAACCUCGACUCUGGCAUCGGCCUGUAUGCACCGGAUGCGGAGUCGUACAAGGUGUUUGCGGCUCUCUUUGACCCAGUCAUUGAGGAGUACCAUCAGGGAUUUAAGCCAAGUGAUAAACAGCCACCCAAGGACUUUGGUGACCUGAGCACACUCGUUGACGUGGAUCCCGAAAACAAGUACGUCAUCUCCACACGUGUACGGUGUGCGCGCAACCUUGAUGGCUAUCCGUUCAACCCACUCCUCAAGAAGGAGCAGUAUGAAGAGAUUGAGUCCCGUGUCAAGGCACAG